CCGGCUGGGGAGCGCGUACGCGGCUCUGCGUGAGGGGCCAUGCCGCUCCCGAGCGCCGCUCCAGCCCCGUGGCCGCGGUCGGGCUCUGCCAGCGUCCGGUAGGGCAGCGCGGCCCCGCCGAGCCCCCGCCGCCCCGGGCUGCCGAGCAGCGCCAUGGCCCCGUGGGCGCCCGCGGAGCUGUGGCUGCUGCUGCUGCUGCUGCUCCAGCUGUGCCCCGCGCGCGCCUCGGCGCCCCGCAGCUGCCCCCCCGCCUGUAUCUGCACCUCCGACCUGCUGAGCUGCAGCCGGCAGACCCUGCAGCGCGUGCCCCGCGCGCUGCCGCCCACCGCCACCACGCUGGACCUGAGCCACAACGCGCUGAGCCAGCUGCAGGACGGCUGGCUGGCCGCGCUGCCGCACCUCGAGGCCCUGCACGUCGGCCACAACCAGAUCGGCGAGCUGUCCCCGCGCGCCUUCCACAACGCGUCCCGCCUGCGGCACCUCGACAUGUCCUCCAACCGCCUGCGCGCCGUCGAGAGGCACUACUUCGAGGAGCUGGUGAGCCUGGAGGAGCUCCUGCUCUACAACAACCACAUCGCGCGGGUGGACGAGAACGCCUUUGCCAGGCUGAGCGGGCUGAGGAAGGUGUACCUGAGCUGGAACAACCUCACCUCCUUCCCCUUCCACGCGGUGCAGGGCCUGGGCAACUUCAGCCUGCGCACGCUGGACCUGUCCUCCAACAGCCUGCUCAGCCUGCCCGUGGAGGAGCUGGCGGCGCUGCCCGAGCACGUCCGCAACGGCCUCUACCUGCACAACAACCCCGUGCGCUGCAGCUGCCCGCUCUACCUGAUGCUGCAGCGCUGGAGGCAGCGGGGCUUCAGCUCGGUGCGGGAUUUCUUCGAGGAGCACACCUGCAAGGUAUCCGACGCCGUGCCACGCUCCCUGAUCAAGCUCCUCAAGUACAGCCACCUGUUUGAGAACUGCUCGGCCGAGCCAGACCCCGCGCAGCCGGUGCCCUUCCCGGUGACGGUGGGCCGGGCGCUGCUGCUGGCCUGCAACGCCAGCCUGCCCCACGCCGCCUACAUGUGGAUCUCCCCGCACCACGAGCCCAUCCGGCCCCCGGGGAACGCCAACCGCUCCGUCGAGGUGUUCCACAACGGCAGCCUGCGCAUCGCGUCCGCCCGGCCCUGGCACUCGGGGGUCUACGUCUGCUUGGCCAUCAGCGGCCCCCACAACAUCAGCCGGCUGUGUGAGGUCAACGUGACGGUGCAUUACUCCAAGCCGGACGGGGAGGCCUUCAGCACCGGCCUGACCACGCUGCUGGGCUGCAUCGUCAGCCUGCUGCUGGUGCUCGUCUACCUGUUCGUGACGCCGUGCCGCUGCCCGCCGUGCUGCAGGACGGCCCCCCCCAGCCCCCCACAGGAGUGCAGCGCUCAGUCCUCCAUCCUCAGCGCCACGCCGCCUGCCACCGACGGGCCCAGCCGCAGGGCCAGCAAGCACGUGGCCUUCCUGGAGCCCGCCCGCGAGGCGCUGGAUGCCAAGGAGCGCCCGGCGCCCGGUGAGGCCCUCCCUGACGGCAGGCACCCCAAGGUGCUACAGCUGCGCUCGGACACCGAGUCCAUCAGCUCCGUCUUUUCGGACACCCCCAUCGUGUCGUAGUGGGGCUGAGCUGUUCUCCUGCUCAGAGCAGCGCCGAGCCCCAGCGCUCAGCCUGACUACAUGGGGGGGGUUCAGCACCACCUGCACCGCUUCAGCCACCGGCAUAAGGGCAACACUGAUGGACUCAGCACGCCCGUGAUCCCCUGUUUUGUCUGGGCAGCGGUGAUGCCAGGGCUGUGGCUGUGCGUGUGCAAGAUCCAGCCCAGUACUCUCGACCCGAUCCCCCAGUGCUGUCCUCAGGGGCUCUCAGGGAUGGCCAUGCCACUGUCCCCAGCCGCUUGGGAGUGGAGGGAGCACGGUCCUGUGGCCCCACACAUCCACUGAGGGACUGCAUGGGGAAGAGGGGGCUCAGCACCCAGCCAAGUAAACAUCGCAACGCUUUUGACUCUGAACACCCCUGAAGCUGUACGUAGUGAUGUCGGGCACCAGGAGGUGACCGACGCAGUGCUGCUCGCAGCUCCCCGUGCCACCAAGGACGCUGAGGUCUCCCGCACCGCCCGCGCUCGCUGCUUCUCCUUGAGAUGGACGUGCGCUGCUCGAGCACAGCUAUUGAGGCAGUAAUCUAAUGAGCCUGUCGAUAAAUGUGAGUAAUGCUCUCCUCUCUCGGGCCAUCACUCUCCAGUUACAUUUGAAUAAAAAAUGCCUAUUUUUUUAAGCUCA